AUGUGGCCCUUUGGUAGCUCCUAUCCUGAACGCAAGCCUGAGGAUGUGGAUGGGAAAACAUACGACUAUCAUCUAGGUGGCGCCGCUGGCUGCGUCCUGGCCUCGCGCCUUUCUGAGGAUCCGACAGUCUCCGUGCUUCUCCUCGAAAAGGGCUUCGUCAACGACAAUCUCUUUAGUCGCAUCCCGCUGCUCUCCCAGAAUCCCAUGAUGUCUGGACUGCAAGUCGUGAAGCAGCUGAGCCAGAUGCCCUCGGCGUUGAAUCGGAAGCUCUCUCUCUUCUGGGCAGAGGCGCUUGGAGGCUCAACCCGCAUCAACGCCAUGCUGCUCACCCGUGGACCACCUGGCAACUACAACGAGUGGUCGCAGGAUUUAGGGCUGAAGGAUUGGGACUGGGAGAGCGUAGAGCCUUACUUUCGGAAGAGUGAAAACGCCGUCGGCCACCCAGAUGCCGAGUAUCGAGGUCAUCACGGGCCAGUUGAAACCCGCCAGCCUGCUUAUCCAUUCUCUUUUCAUCCCUACGUUGAGAUAGCCGCCCGCAGACUGGGGCUUCCUGUUCAUGACGACUGCAACGACCCAGAUGCGAGCGCGCAGGGUUACUUUCGCCUAGAUCAGGCCAUCGAUAGCAACGGGCGACGCAUCUCUGCGUACAAGGCGUGGCUUAGCAAAGAGACUGCUAUUGCUCGGGCAUCACACCUUACCGUGUGUACGGGUGUAGUGGUUUCAAGACUUGAUAUCGAUACAAAGUCUCGCAAACUGCUUGGUGUCCUCAUUCGUCACAGAGGGCAGGCAGACCAACCAAAUAGCGGCAUCGGACCCAAAGAUCAUCUUCAACAACUGGGGAUUCCCAUCGUUCAAGAGUCAUCCGCGGUAGGCAACAACCUGAUGGAUCAUGUCGCCGUGCCCAUCAUGUCGCGAAUCCCAACUCGAGAUACCAUCCACAGCCUGUAUAAUCCGCUCGUGUUUAUUUGGCAAUUUAUUCUCUGGCUGUUUUUCGGUCGCGGUCUCUUGUCAACCUCUUCAACAAGCUCCACCAUCUUUGCUCGCACAACUGCCAUUGACGAUGCGACUAUGCUGGUGCAGAGUUCAUGCAACGGCAAGGAUACAAUGGACUCAAUGCGGCCGCAGAAUGCGCCGGAUAUCGAGAUUAUGAUCAUUCCCGUUGAAAGCUACUUUGACGUCUACAUCACGGAGCAUUCGCUGUUGACUUGGCUAUGUACAUUGGUGCAGCCUUUUAGCAGAGGCCACAUAAGGCUUACCACAACGAAUCCCGAGCAUCCUCCUAGAAUUACUCACCCUCUUCUUAGAGACGAGAGAGAUUUCAAACCGAUGCGAAAGGCCAUUCGCUUCGCGUUGCGCCUGGGCCAAGAGUUUGCCCGCUCGGGAUAUCCGCACACUGCGCCUUUGGUCUAUGGCCCUGGAAUGGACUUGGAAUAUCUCGACCAAAGACUAGGAUUCACGAAGCUGCUGCCAAAGCAACAGAAGAAGAGCGGUGGCACAACUGAGCUGCCAGAGUGGCAGGACAUAACAGACGAGGCCAUCGACGAGUAUACCAAACGUGCUUACCAGAGCGCUUUGCACUACGCCUGCACUUGUCGCAUGUCGCUCGACGCAUCAGAUGGCGUUGUAGACCAGAAACUGCGUGUCUUUGGCAUCGAUGGGCUUCGCAUCGCCGACGCCAGUGUGUUUCCCAAUAUCCCCAGUGCGCACACAAUGGCGCCGACGAUGAUGGUGGCCGAGAGAUGUGCCGAUUUCAUCAAGGAGACGUGGCGUGAGAAGUAA